GCACAAACAAAGAAUUGACUCUCGGGCCAAGAAAGUCGAAAGUCGCUUCCAGUUGGCCCACAUCCGCGAUGCGCUCCAUCCUACAGCUUCUUCAUUACGGCUACGCGUUAAUGCCAAGCGAAACCAGAAGACCGGCGACGUCACGAAUCCCUUGGUAUAACUAUAAAGACCAGCAGCCUUCGCCAAGCUAUCGCUACAUCACUCGCACAUCAUCAUCAUGUCCUACUACCCACCCCAAGGCUUGUCGUACCAUAAGAAUCCUCGUACGAUUUUUUAAUCUACAUGCAGGUUCCCCGCCUGGACAACAAGGCGGCUAUUACCCUCAGGGACCACCCCAGGGAUAUGACCAGGGUCCCCCUCAAGGGUACGAUGGACCGCCUCAAGGAUAUCAACCCCAGCCGCAACCCCAGACUGUUGUCAUUCAACAACAAGAAGAGAAGAGCAGUGGCGGCUGUUGCGGUCCUUGCCUAGCCUGUUGUGCCGGAGUAUGCUGUUUCUGUUGUGCAGACGCCUUAUGCGAUUUAUGAACAUGCGAGUUUUAAUUCUUCAAUGCCAUGGUACAUACUCCCGCA